AUGAAGGCAAUCGUUAUCGACCAUUACGCCCACCCGUCCAAACAGCCUGUGACCAAUCAAGCGUCGGAACCCAAGCCCGCUGCUGACGAGGUUUUGGUCGAGGUUCACUCUGCCGCGUUGAACUUUUUUGAUAUAUUACAAGCGCAAGGGAAAUAUCAGAACCAACCCCCCUUCCCUUUUGUCCUGGGGGCUGAGUUCGCUGGGACUAUAGCCGCGUCUUCUCCUAUACCCAAGGGAUGUCCGUUCAAAAGAGGCGACAGGGUUUUUGGUAGUGGCCAAGGAGCAUAUGCGGAACGAGUUGCUGCCAAAUGGCAGAACUUACAUCCCAUCCCAAAUGGAUUCUCGUUUGAACAAGCGGCUGGAUUGUUUGUAACUUGGCCAACUAGGUGUGUUAUUAUUGGAGAUUCAUCUCAACACUUCUCAUCUCGUCUCAGCUAUGAAGCAUUGGUGGGGCGAGCACAACUUCAACCAGGCGAAUGGUGCUUAGUACACGCCGCCGCUGGCGGAGUUGGUCUCGCUGCUGUACAAAUUGCCAAAGCGUUGGGUGCCAAAGUAAUUGCGACCGCUGGUACUCAAGACAAACUCAAAGUCUGCAAGACGUUUGGUGGGGCAGACGAAGUAUUGGAUUACACAAAGUCAGGGUGGCAAAAAGAGGUUCUGAAAUUGACAAAUGGGAAAGGCGUUGAUGUCAUCUAUGACCCGGUUGGACUGAUUAAAGAUUCGCUCAAGUGCAUUGCUUGGAAGGGGCGCGCGUUGGUCGUUGGCUUCGCGGCCGGAGAAAUAGAGAAACUUCCUCUUAAUUUGGUACUACUUAAAAACAUUAGUAUUGUUGGUGUGCAUUGGGGUGCAUAUAUGAAAAAUGAUGUUGGCCACGUUCCGUCCGUUUGGAAAGCCCUAUUCGAGCUAUUUGAAAGCGGGAAGGUUAAACCAGUGGUGUUCUCCGAAGUCUACCAGGGUUUGGAACAAGUGUCGGUUGGACUCGAGGCCUUGGAACAGCGUAAAACAUGGGGGAAGGCCAUUGUACAAAUCAAACCCGGCCCGAAAAUUGCCAAACUGUAA